GCUUCCUCAGAACAGUGGAAAAUUUCAGGAACAAGAAGCGACGAAAAAUUUUUAUGCCAAUAUGGACGAAUUACAGGAGGAAGAGGAAGGUAGGAAGACGCUCAAGGAUUUCUUUGAGGCCUGCAAAGAGUUAACAGGAUCAGACGGCGGUCCGCCUCGAUGGUUCUCUCCCUUGGAGUGCAGCUGCAGGGCACCGGAUUCUCCCCUGUUUCUCUUUUUGCCUGGCGUAGCGCAGCGUGUUGAAAGUACAGUUAGGUCAGGGUACUCCAGGUCACCAAAUAGACCAAUGUAUCUUGUUGGGGAAUCCCUUGGAGGAUGCCUUGCCUUAGCUGUUUCAAACCGUAACCCUGAUAUUGAUCUCCUACUUAUCUUGUCUAACCCAGCUACAUCUUUUGGCAAGUCACAACUGAAACCUCUUCUACCUUUACUACAAAGUAUUCCAGAUGAAUUCUUUCUUUUGGCAAGAAAUUCCAUGUUGAGCUUAACCACAGGUGACCAUUUGAGGAUGCUGAUGGAUAAUGUAGUGAAGGGCAUUCCUCUGGGACAAUCUGUUGUUGGAAAGCUGUCACAGGAUAUUGUUGCUGCAUCAUCUAACCUCUCUGUUCUGGUUGAAAUCUUACCCAAAGAAUUGCUCGAAUGGAAGCUACAAAGGCUGAAAUCUGCUUCUGCAUAUUCCAACUCUCGUCUCCAUGCCACAAAAGCUGAAGUGCUAUUACUUUGCAGUGGAAGAGAUCAAUUGUUUCCUAGUGAAGAAGAAGGUGAAAGACUAUGCCAUGCACUCCCAAAUUGUGAGAUUAGUAAGUUUGAUGAAAGCCACCAUUUUUUCUUCCUGGAAGGUGGUAUUGAUUUGGUAACAAUCAUCGAGGGAACUAGCUUCUAUCAUUGUGGAAAAUACCAUGACUGUUGUCAGAUUACGUGCCACCUACACCUCCUGAAUUCUAGAAGUUAUAUGAAUCAAAUAGAUAGAUGGUUAAAUGCUGCUCUUAGCUCUGUGAUGCUCUCAACUACCCAGGAUGGGAAGGUGGUGAACGGCCUUGCCGGGGUUCCAUUGGAGGGACCCGUCCUUUACAUUGGUUAUCACAUGUUACUGGGACCAGAAGUUAUUUCCUUGGUAUCUGAAUUUCUUACUCAGAGAAAUAUCCUCUUGCGAGGGAUAGCACAUCCAUUGCUGUUUGAAAGAUUGAGAGAAGGCAGGUUACCUGAUGUAUCAACCUUUGACUCAAUAUGAUUAAUGGGGGCAGUUCCUGUUUCAGGAACAAAUUUCUACAAGCUUAUGUCUUCAAAAUCUCAUAGCCUGUUGUUCCCUGGAGGGGUGGGCGAGGCUCUUCACAGGAAGAAAAGUCCGAGGCUUUGUGAGGAUGGCUGCUAGAUUUGGAGCCAAAAUAGUAGCAUUUGGUGUUGUUGGAGCAGAUGAUUUUGCUGAAGUAAUUUUUCAUUAUAGUGAUCAAACGAAGAUACCUUACUUUAGAGAUUUUAUAGAAGAUUUGACAGAAGAGCCUGUGUUAUUGAGGAAUGAAGGAGAUGGCGAGGUGUCAAACCAACAACUUUACCAACCAUGACUGGCACCAAGGUUUCCAGGAAUAUAUUAUUUUUAUUUUGGGAAACCAAUUGAAACCCAAGGAAGAAAGCAAGAACUGAAAGAUAGGGAGAAAUGUUAUCAACUGUAUUUACAUAGAUGCAUUGCUUACCUGAAGCAGAAAAGAGAAGAAGAUCCAUACAGGAAUAUUGUACGCCGGCUAAUGCACCAGGCCACACAUGGUUCCAACUCUCAAGCUCCUUCCUGUGACCUUUAAUCAAUCUUGUUAUUGAGUGGUGUUGAAUCCCCUAGGAGUAACUUAACAAGUAUUUGUAUAACUUGAUACCGAUUAAAACUUUAAUAUGCAU